AUGGCGUACUUGAAGGUGUCAGGCACCAAGAUCGUUGACCAGAACGGCGCAGAAGUCAUUCUGCGUGGAGCGGGCUUGGGUGGAUGGAUGAAUAUGGAAAACUUCAUCAGUGGGUACCCGGGAUGCGAAUUCCAGAUUCGCGCAGCGCUCGCCGAUGUUGUGGGCAAGGAGAAGUCGGAGUUGUUCUUCGACAAGUUCCUUGAGUACUUCUUCCAAGACGAGGAUGCUGCGUUCUUCAAGAGCUUGGGCCUCAACUGCAUCCGCCUGCCCUUCAACUACAGGCACUUCGAGGACGACAUGAACCCACGCGUUCUUAAACCCGAGGGUUUCAAGCAUCUUGACCGAGUCAUCGACCUGUGCUCAAAGCACGGCAUCUACACCAUCCUCGAUCUCCACACCGCACCCGGCGGUCAGAACACUGACUGGCAUUCAGACGCUGGCACCCACAUCGCCAAGUUCUGGGAGCACAAGGACUUCCAGGAUCGCGUCGUCUGGCUCUGGGAGGAGCUCGCGAAGCACUACGAGGGCAACACCUGGAUCGCGGGCUACAACCCGCUCAACGAGCCCACGGACCCGUACCACACGCGCGUCGUCGACUUCUACGACCGGGUGUACAAGGCGAUCCGCUCCAUCGACCCGCACCACGCGCUCUUCCUCGACGGAAACACGUUCGCGUCCGAUUUUUCGCACUUCGGGGACGCGUACAAGGGGUGGGAGAACGUGGCGUACUCGAUCCACGACUACUCGGUGUUCGGGUUCCCGUCGGCGCCCGAGCAGUACGUGAGCAGCGAGACGCAGCUGCGUCGCCUGAGGCGGAGCUACGAGAAGAAGCGGCAGUGGUUGGAUGAGCGGGGGCUCUGCGUGUGGAACGGCGAGUGGGGACCGGUCUAUGCCCGGAAGGAGUACGAGGGCGAGCGGACGGAUGCGAUCAACGAAGAGCGAUACAAAGUGCUCAAGGAUCAACUUGAGAUCUACAACAAGGAUCGUCUCAGCUGGUCGAUCUGGCUGUACAAAGACAUCGGCUUCCAGGGCAUGGUCUACGUUUCGCGCGAGACGCCGUACAUGACGCUCUUCAAGGACUUCCUCGCGAAGAAGCACCGUCUGGCCAUCGACGCUUGGGGUGCGGACGACUCGCAGGUCCGCCACAUCUACGAGCCGCUCAUUGACCUGAUCAAGAAGGAGGUCCUCCCCGAGCACCAGAACCUGUACCCCGCCCCUGUGUGGAAACUGUCGGAUCGCAUCGGGCGCCUCGCGCGCAACAUCCUCGUCUCGGAAUUCCUCGUCAAGGAGUGGGCGGAGCACUUCCGGGGGAAGAGCGAGCAGGAGAUCGACGAGAUCGCAAAGAGCUUCGCGUUCUCUAACUGCUUGCACCGCGAUGGGCUGAACAAAAUCCUCACGGACAACGCGACGCUCGUCGCGGGCAAGUAGAGGUGACGUCUGGCGUUGGACGUUGUAGUCAUUCCGAUUUGUAGUAGUAUCUCGUAGUGAGCCUUUUUCCAAUUUGAGGGUUACACGCCUAUGUA